GAGUUUCAUCAUCCGCAGGACGAGCAGCGGCGCGGCAGAGCUAACAAGCUAGCUAGCCAACUACUUACUUAUUUAUUUUGGGUUGUUUUUAAUUGAUUUUAAAUGUAAGUAGUUAGUAAUAGGUGGAGGUUAGAGGAGGCUAGCUGAGUACCCGCUGGGGUGGUGUUUUAACAGUGUUUACUUCAGAUCUAUAUUUUAGCCGAAGAGGCUAACAUGGCGUUUUAAUGCAAUGAUGCGGCGACACUAAUGCGGCGGCAUGCACCAGGCAACUCAAACAGAUCUGCGCAUUUCCAUCUUCACAACUGCUAAGCAGUUGCGCUCCGGUACCGGCCGCGGUAUCGCAGUGAGCCAGCCCAUCCCUCUGCUGCUCGACCGGAGGAAGCUAACGCUAGCGAGCUAGCCCGCCGGCUAAACCCCCCGCUGUUUGUUUAUCUAAUUUCUGCGCGUCAUCACAUCCACAAUGAAGCCUCAGGACAUCGUGGCCGGUAAGACCAGCCUGUGGAUCUUCGGCUACGGCUCCCUGGUGUGGAAGCCCGACUUCAAGUACAAGCGCAGCCACGUCGGCUUCAUCCGCGGCUACAAGCGCCGCUUCUGGCACGGGGACACCUUCCACCGCGGAAGUGACGCAAUGCCUGGAAGAGUCGUGACACUUCUGGAGGAGGAUGACGCAUGCACUUGGGGCGUGGCCUUUGAGGUGACCGGCUCCCAGAUCGAAGACUCCCUGGCGUACCUGAACAUCCGCGAAGGAGUACGAGGCGGCUACGGCACCCACAUGGUCGAGUUCAUCCCGCGUGACGAGACCCAGCCCGCUGUCCAAGCCCUGGUUUACAUCGCGACCGAAGACAACCCGACCUACCUGGGUCCGGCGAGUACGGAUGCGAUCGGUGCUCAGAUCGCCGUGUGCAAGGGGAAGACGGGCUACAACGUCGAGUACCUGCUCCGCCUGGCCGAGUUCAUGAGGCAGAGCUGCCCGGAGGUCGACGAUCCUCACCUGUUCUCCAUCGAGAGGGCCUGCCUCGCCGUCUUCAGGCCUCUACUGCUAGCGGCUCAACAGCGUGCACCUGCUUUAAACUAAAACACUACCUGUAAAUCCAAACCUACAUCUUCAUAGCAUUACUGUACUGUUAAAUGUGUAGCAUGUCUGCUUCGUGUUUAAUUUCUCUAACGAACCAAGCUGUAUGAUGAAUCUACUUCAAAACAUUCUGUUUACUUUACACUCCAUACCUGACCGCCAGUCGGUUCACGAUGUAACACGGUUCAGAAAAUCCAUCCUUUGUUGUAAAAGGAAGUCAAUCGUUAAGUUGUGUUUUAAAUAAAGGCGCUUAACUGUGCAA